UUUCCUGGUUCAAGUAAUUCACGUCGCGUCAACGUUUAACCAACAAUAUUUUCUUACCUGAACGAUUACGUAACCGUAACACGAGGAUAUAACACACUUAUAUGAAUUCCGACGCAGUCUGACUUGGAAAGUUGAACUGGUUGGCUCGUACGAGAGCAAAUACGGUGAUUUUUAGACACGAUUUUGGGUCAGCAUGUCGUUGAAGAAGGAAUCGUUGUCAGAUGUUCAACUACAUCUAGCGGCUCUAAAUGGAGAUUUGCCUUUACUCAAAAAAAUUCUGGAUAGCGGCAAAGUUCAUGUGGAUUCCCGAGACAAGGAAGGGACAACUCCUCUCAUUUUAGCCUCAGCCAAUGGUCAUUUGGACUGUGUCCAUGAACUGUUAGAGCAAGGUGCCGAUCCUCGAGCCAAACGAAUUACAGGAACAACUCCGCUGUUUUUUGCUGCUCAAGGAGGUCAUCUGCAUGUUGUUAACAUUCUAGUGGACAGAGGAGCACCUUUAGAUUCAACCAGUGUUGAUGGAGGAAGUGCGUUAUUUGUGGCAUGCCAAUGUGGACAUAUGGAUGUGGUUAAAGAACUGGUUAAGAGAGGUGCCAAAAUUAAUACACAUAUGAAGGAUAAAGCCACGCCACUUUUUAUUGCGGCUCAAAAUGGACACUACAAAGUAUUGGUAUUUUUAUUGGCACAAGGAGCAAACGUGGAUGCAAGUAGAACAGACGGAGCUACGCCUUUGUGGAUUGCGGCACAAAUGGGUCAUGAUCACAUUGUAGCACAGUUAUUGAAAGCUGGAGCUAGAGUUGAUGCGGCUCGAUAUGAUGGAGCUACAGCAAUUUUCAAAGCUUCUCACAAAGGUCAUUCUGCCGUUAUUGGGGAAUUACUGAAAUAUAAACCCUCACUGGGUCUUUUAUCGAAUGGUGAAAGCGCAUUACAUGCUGCUGCUUUAUCCGGAAGCCUUCCAGUUUGUAAACAACUCAUCGCUGCAGGAGCAGAUCCUUCUCUAAAGAAUCAAGAAGGUUUUACCCCUAUUGAGGUGGCCCAAAAACAUAAACAUAAUAUCGUCAGUGAUUACUUAAGAAAUUGUGCAAAUCGACAGUUUUCAAAUAAAUGAUAUAAAGUCAA